AUGGCCUCAUCCCGACUAGUGGCAAGAUCAAGAGAUAUUGCUAAUGUCAUGCAACGACUUCAAGAUGAGCAAGAGUCAGUGCAGAAAAGGACUUUCACAAAGUGGAUCAAUACUCAUCUGGCUAAGCGUAAUCCUCCCAUGCUGGUGAAUGAUCUGUUUGAAGAUAUCAAAGAUGGGGUAAUGCUUAUUGCCCUUUUGGAGGUUCUUUCAGGGCAGAAGCUGCCUUGUGAACAGGGACGUCAGCUGAAGAGAAUUCACUGGGUUGCCAACAUUGGCACAGCGCUUAAGUUUCUAGAAGGAAGACGGAUUAAACUCGUCAACAUAAAUUCAACUGAUAUUGCUGAUGGCAGGCCUUCUAUUGUGCUUGGCUUGAUGUGGACCAUUAUUUUAUAUUUUCAGAUUGAAGAGCUUACCAGCAACCUCCCACAGCUGCAGACAUUGUCAGGCAGCGCUUCUUCUGUGGAGAGUGUUGUCAGUUCAGAAACUGCAAGUCCCCCAAGCAAACGGAAGGUGGUAACCAAGGUCCAAGGAAGUGCCAGAAAGGCUUUGUUAAAAUGGAUACAGUACACAGCAGCAAAGCAAGUUGGAAUUGAAAUCAAAGAUUUUGGACAAAGUUGGAGGAGCGGUGUUGCAUUUCAUUCCAUUAUUCAUGCUAUCCGCCCAGAUUUAGUGGAUAUGGAGAAAGUGAAAGGAAGGUCAAAUAGAGAAAACCUGGAAGAAGCCUUCACAAUCGCAGAAGCAGAACUAGGAAUUCCAAGGCUCCUUGAUCCAGAAGAUGUGGACGUUGACAAGCCAGAUGAAAAGUCUGUCAUGACCUAUGUAGCCCAGUUUUUGAAGUACUAUCCUGAUCCUCAUCAUACAGUGACUGAUGUGCAGGAAAAUGAUAAGGAAGACAGACUGAUGCUGAGAGACCUAAAAGUGUGGGCAGAACAAUUUGAAAGAGACUUAGCCCGAGCACAAAUGGCAGAAACAAGCUUACAGGAGAAAUACCAGUCAUUUAAGCAUUUCAGAGUACAAUAUGAGGUAAAAAGGAAACAGAUUGAGCUUGUAACCCAGUCAUUAAGGAAAGAUGGUAAAUUAUCACUUGAUCAAGCUAUGGUGAAGCAAGCAUGGGAGAGAGUUUCUUCCAGGCUACUUGAUUGGCACAUACACCUUGAUAAAUCUCUUCCUGCACCUUUGGGAACCAUAGGUGCUUGGCUCUAUAGAGCAGAGGCUGCUCUGAGGGAAGAAGUAACUGUUCAGCAAGCUCAUGAGGAAACAGCAAAUAUAAUACACCGGAAGCUUGAGCAACAUAAGGAUCUGCUGAAAAACAUAGACGGUCACAAAAAGGCAUUCCAUGAGAUCCACGGAGCCAGGUCUGUUAAUGGAGUGCCUGUUCCACCUGACCAAUUAGAGGAUAUGGCAGAGAGGUUUAAUUUUGUUGUCUCUUCAUCUGAGCUCCAUCUGUUGAAGAUGGAGUUUCUGGAACUGAAGUACCGUCUACUGUCACUCCUAGUCCUUGCAGAAUCAAAAUUAAAAUCAUGGAUUAUCAAAUAUGGAAGACGAGAGUCAGUGGAACUACUUCUUCAAAAUUAUAUUUCUGUUAUUGAAAAUAGUAAGUUCUUUGAGCAGUAUGAAGUUACUUACCAGAUCUUGAAAAGAGCAGCUGAAGUGUAUGCCAAAGCAAAUGGCUCAGUGGAAGAAGUUGAGAAUGUGAUGAAAUUCAUGAAUGAAACAACAGCACAGUGGAGGAACCUCUCAGUAGAGGUCAGAAGUGUAAGAAGCAUGUUGGAAGAAGUAAUUGCUAAUUGGGACAGAUACAGCAGCACUGUGGCAGGUCUGCAAGCUUGGCUGGAAGAUGCUGAAAAAAUGCUGAAUCAGCCUGAACCUUCUAAAAAGGAUUUCUUCCGACACUUACCUCAUUGGAUCCAGCAGCACACAGCCAUGAAUGAUGCUGGUAAUUUUCUGAUUGAAACAUGUGAUGAGACCAUUUCCAGAGACCUUAAACAGCAGCUUCUAUUACUAAAUGGAAGAUGGAGAGAAUUGUUUAUGCAAGUUAAGCAGUAUGCUCGAGCAGAUGAACUGGACAAAAUGAAGAAGGAAUACUUGGAUGGUGUUACCCAUUUGACAGCUUUUAUUGAUGGAAGCAAUAGAAAAUUUUCAGUCCCUGUAGAAGUGUCCUUCCUUGAUGUCAAAACGUUUGCACAAGAUCUAGAAAAUAUUAAGCAGAAACUGCCUGCAAUGGAAGCUCAGUACAAAAUGGUUACAAGAACAGUGCAACUUGUUACAAAAGAAGUUUCCCAAGAGGAAGCGAAUGACAUGCUGGGAACUUUGACAAGGAUCAAAGAGCAGCUGAGCAAGGUUAAGGAGUAUUCCUGUGCCCUACUGUAUGAAUGCCAGCAUCUGCUGUCUCCACUGGAAGAACUGGAGAAACAAAUUACACAUUUUUAUGAAUCUCUUGAAAAAGUCAAUGAAAUAAUUUCUAUUGUGGAUCCUGAAGCACAACCUACAACUGUUCUUAAGCAAAAAGCACAAGAUUUGGUAGCUUAUCAAGAAAACUGCAAGAAGGAUUUGUCCCUGAUUGAGCGAAAUAGUCAGAGUAUCCUGCAGUGUGUGGCUUCAAGUGAAUUGUUACAGCAUUUCCAUCAGACAACAUUUCAGAAGAAAGUUACACAAGUUCAGAUUACUUUUCAGAAUAUGGUCAGAAAAGCUGGUGACUGGAGAAAAAACAUAGAAGCAAACAGCCGUUUGAUGAAGAAAUUUGAGGAAUCUAGAGCAGAACUGGAAAAAGUAAUACAAAUUGCCAAUUGUUACUUGAAAGAAAAAGGAAAUCCUGAAGAACUUCUCAGAAAACAUAGCGAAUUCUUCAACCAGUUGGAUCAGAGGGUCCUAAAUGCCUUUCUGAAAGCAUGCGAUGAACUUACUGACAUCCUCCCAGAACAAGAGCAGCACAACCUGCAGGAAGCUGUGAGAAAACUCCAUAGGCAGUGGAAGGAUCUUCAAACAGAAGCCCCAUAUCAUUUGAUCCACUUGAAGAUUGAAGCACAGAAAAGCAAGUUCCUUGUCACAGUGGAGGAGUGCAGAGUUGAAUUAGCUCGACAGAACAAGGUGUUGUCAAGAGAAGGCAAUGAAAGGAUGAUCGAGGAACACAUGUUAUUCUUCAGUGACAAGGGACGUUACCAUCUGUGUGAGAAAAGGCUACAACGGAUUGAAGAACUGUGCCAAAAACUGCCAGUUACUGAUCCAGUGAGGGCUACAUUGGAAAGCAGCCAACGAAUCCUGAAGGAGCUCAAAUCCCAGAUAGACAGCACAUAUGUAAAGCUAACAGAGCACUCGGACACCUGGAAGGGCUAUAAGAAAAGAUUUUCUGAAUUGGCAAAUUGGAUUUCAUCAACAGAAAGAGAGCUAAAGAAGAUCAAGGAAAGUGUCAAUGAUACUGCCAAAUACAAGCAAUGUAAAGCAUCUGUGGGGGAAAUUCGGAAGCAUAUUAAGAAGCAAGUAGAAAAUCACAGCUGCCUGAAAUCUAGACUUGCUGUUUUGACCACAGUGUGUCCUGAUUUGGAGGCCAAAGAGACAGAGGAUGAGCUUUGUAAACUUUCCAGUGACUUCAAGGGACUCCUAGAUUUGCUGGCUGAGAUUGAAAAGACUGUAGGCACUGUUGGAGACUGUGUCCAGUACAAAGAAGAAGUUAAAAGUGCAAUUGAAGAGUUAAUCAGCAAUUCUAAAGAAGCCCAAGCAGAGGCUGAAAAGAUCUUGGAUACAGAAAGUUUAUUACAAGCUCAGCAACUCCUACUUCAUCAUCAGCAAAGGACAAGGAGACUCCGUGCAAAGAGGCAAGAUGUGCAACAACAGAUUUCUCAAGCUAAACAGUUGCAGAUUGAUGGUGGGCUGCCCAGCACAAUGCAAGAGGAUUUACAAAAGUUAGAAGGAACAUUGGAGAACAUACAACAGACUAUGGAGAAACGUGAAGAGCAACUGCAGGUCACAAUAAAUAAAUGGGAGCAGUUCGAAAGAGACAAAGAAACAGUAGUAAAAUAUCUCAAUCAAGCAAGCUCUGCGCUUGAACGUAUCUUAAACUUUAGCAGUUUAGAGAGCCUCUCCUCAGAACAAUUUAAAGAAGAAAUAUUCACUGAACUUUCUAAACAGACUGAAGCAAUGGCAGUGCAGGCUGAGAAUCUGGUGAAGAAUUCUUCUGAGAUACAGCUUGGUUCAAAGAGCAAGCAGUUCCUUCAGCAGCAGGCAAAAUCAAUCCAAGAACAAGUAAAAAAAGUGGAAGCUACUCUUGAAGAAGAUAUUAAAAGCAUGGAAAUGGUGAAAAACAAGUGGGAUCAUUUUGGCAAUAAUUUUGAAGCUCUGUCCAUCUGGAUAGCUGAACAAGAAAAAGAACUGGAAACUUUGGAAACAUCAUCAUCUCCUUUGGACAUACAGAUCAGCCAAAUCAAGGUUAUUAAUAAAGAAAUAGAUGGUAAAAUAACUGGAAUCUCAAAGCUAGAAGAGGAAGCCAAGUCUUUUUCCCAGUUUGUUACCUCUGGAGAAUGUGCACAUAUUAAAGCCAAACUGACUCAAGUGAAAAGGUAUUGGGAAGAAUUAAGAGAUCAUGCACAGAGACUGGAAGGAACAAUCACAGGGAAUGCAUCAGCACAGCAGAAAUAUGAAGGAAGUCUUAAACAGGUGCAGGAGACAGUGUCUGAAUUUGAAGCUAAGCUAGCUGAGCCUCUUACAUCAUGCUCUUCAUCAUCAGCAACAUACGCAGCCCUUCAGGAUUACACGGACCUUUGCCAUACUGUGGAAAAACUGAGCAACAGUCUGGCCUCUCUCUCAGUCUGUGCCCGAAAGGUGGCCAACAAAGAAAAAGCUGCUCAGGAGGUUACGGUAUUACAACAGAAAUACGAAAAGGUGCUGGAAAAUGUUAAAGAGAAACAGAUCUUAUUAGAGACUCUUCUCGCUCAGUGGCAGAAGCAAGAGAAGGAGCUGUCUGCCUUCCUUACUUGGUUGGAGGGGUGUGAAGCUACAGCCAGGCCUUCAGAGUGGUACGUUUCUGCUGACAGAGUUAAACUGGAAAGUGAACUGCAGUCACUGCAGGAUUUGCGGGCAGAUAUUGAGUCCCAUGCUUCAGUUUAUGCAAACCUACUGCAGUUAAAUGAGUCGCUAUUCCCAACAGCUUCCAGACAUUGUGUGAAAACAAUAAAAGAAAAAUUUGAAGAGCUAGAUAAGAGGUGGAAAGCUUUACCACAAACUGUUGAUAAAAGGAUCAACUUCCUUCAAUCUCUUGUUGCUGAGCAUGGGCAGUUUGAUGAGCUCCUGCUCAGGUUUUCAGACUGGAUUAAGCAGUUUCUUGCUGAACUACAAGCCACUUCAGAGAUAAGCACAGCAGAUCAACAACUAGCUGCAUCUCACAAUAAGAACCACUCAAUGGAAGUCGAAAGUAAGAAACAGCAGUUGCAGAGUCUGAAGGAACAGGUAGAUAAAUUGUGUUCUUUCAGCUGCCCAGAGGACCAGCAGACAUUGCAGGGAAAGACUGAAGAUUGCUUUCAGAUCUUUCAGGAGGCAAGUCAAAUAACUAGCCAAAGACAAGAGGCUCUGGAUCAGCUGCAGGUAUUCCUGGAACUCCAUAGUGCUGCAUCAAGAGUGCUCCACCAGCUGAGGCAGACAGUGGAGAAAACAGGCAAUAUGGAUAAAGCUAAAUCUGAAUUACUGGAGAAGGAACUCAAUGAUGUAAUUCAAAAUCUUAAGAAGCUGGAGUCUGUUGCCAUCAGCUUGGAUGGCUCCCUUACUAAGGCCCAGUAUCAUCUAAAACACAGCAUUUCUGAGCAGAGGACUUCCUGCAGGGCUGUGGUGGAUAAUCUGUACUUGGAACUAGAGGCAGUUCAAAACCUGCUGGGAACCAAACAGAGUGAGGCAGAAGCCCUUGGAGCUUUGCAAAGAUCUUUCAUGGAACAUAAAGAAAAGCUCCUGAAGAGUGUUGACGAUAUUGAGGAAAAGGCUGACAAGGAGGGCCUGAAGGAGGCAACACUACAAGCCCUCCAGCAAAGAUUAAGGAUCUUUAACCAGUUAGAUGAAGAAUUGAAUUCUCACCAGCAUGAACUCCAGUGGCUCAUGGACAAAGCAAAACAAAUAGCCCAAAAAGAUAUUACACUUGCUUCUGAGAUUGACAAAGAGAAAAAUCACUUAGAAUCUCUGUGGGAGGAUACCAAGAAAGUUAUACAUGAAAAAAAGGAGCAGUCCUACAUUCUUAUUGAUCUGAUGAAGGAAUAUCAGAGCUUGAAGUCAACAGUAAUGAAAGUCAUAGACAGUGCGGACAGUGCUUCUAUGAUCAAAUCCAUUUGGAAGGAUCGUGAAGACAUCAAGCGAACUUUAUCAAAGCAUGAAGCUGCCAAGAAUGAUCUGAGUGAUAAACAAAAAGAGCUGGAUACUUUCACCAAUAAAGGAAAACAUUUGUUAGCAGAAUUGAAAAGAGUACAUAGCUGCGACUCCACUGCGGUAAAAACAGACAUGAACUGUAUGGUGGACAAAUGGCUAGAUGUGUCUGAAAGAAUUGAAGACAACAUUGACCGUCUGAGUGUAAGCGUGUCUCUGUGGGAUGACAUCCUCAAAACUGGAGAUGAAAUGGAUGUAUGGUGCAAUAAAUCCAUUUCUCAGCUGAAUGAAGUCAUCAGCAAGCUAAGUAACAGUCAGAGAUUGGAGGUCCUCCUGAAAGACUUCCAGUCUGAAAUCAAGGAUAAAGAGCUGAAGUUGGAGCAGCUUAGUUCCAAAAUUUCAGAUCUCAAAGAACUGAUCCAUAGUCAAGAGCCUCCUGCAGAUCUCCAGUUUAUAGAAUCAGAUUUGAGGCAGAAGCUGGAACAUGCCAAAGAAAUGUCAGAGACAGCAAAAGAGAAUCUGAAAGAUUUUAGUACUCAGAAGAUGCAGUUACAGAAGUUUAUUGAUCAGAUGACAGAAUGGUUAACAGAAGUGGAAGAGACACUGUUAUGCUGUGCACGUAACCUGGAUCCUGAAGCUCUAAAUAAAGUGAAGGAAACACAAAAAAACCUUCAGCUUCAGCAAAGCCGCAUUGACUCGACCCGUGAGAACCUCAACAGUCUGUGUCGCAAAUACCAUUCUGUAGAGCUGGAAGCUCUUGGUGGCACUGUAACUUCAUUAAUAACGAAAUAUGAAGCCGUAAAUCUGCUCUGUUGCAGAACACAGGCCAGCAUGCAAGAGUCCUUGGAAAAACAUUUCCUCGAUUCAAUGCAAGAAUUCCAGGAAUGGUUUUCUGGUGUGAAGGCUGCAGUAAAAGAAUCAGCUGAUAGGUCUGGAGACAGCAAAGCCAUAGAGGCAAAGCUACAUGACUUGCAGAGUGUUCUGGAUUCUGUUAGUGAGGGACAGAACAAGUUAGAUGCUGCCUGCAAAGAAGGAGAAAGUUUGUCUGCUUGCUUACCCAAACCAGUUGUGAGCCAUAUUCAAGAGCAAAUAGCAAAGUCUAACCAGAACUUCCAAGAAUUCCUCAACCAGUGUCUGAAUGAUAAGAAGUCCCUGGAAGCUUGUGCUUCACACCUGGAAAGCUUUGAAGAUCAGCACAAGAAACUUGGCUUGUGGAUACGUGACAUGGAAGAAAGAAUAAGCACAGAAGCAUUAGGAGAGAACAAACAGCUUAUUCCUGAGAAGAAAAAGGAGGUGCAUAAAGUUGAAAAGUUCCUGGAAGAGUUACUGAAUUCAAGGGAAUCUUUUGAUAAGCUGUCCCAAAUGGCACAGACUUUAAAUGAAGAAGGCCAUGGUGAAGGGAGGGAAGUGCGCCUAGCUUCUCAGCAUCUCACCAAUUAUCAAAACAUGGUCAAAACUGUCAAGAAGAAGCUACAAAUGUGUCAGCUUGCACUCCAAGAGCAUCUCACUCUAGAGGAGGCAUUGCAGAGUAUGUGGUUAUGGCUAAAAGAAAUUCAAGAUAAACUGGCAUCAUCAGAGAGCACUCUUGGUAGCAAAGACACACUAGAGAGACGGCUGACACAAAUUCAGGAGAUCCUCUUACUCAAAGGUGAUGGUGAAGUUAAGCUGAACAUGGCCAUUGGCAAAGGAGAACAAGCUCUUAAAAGCAGCAGUGAGGAAGGACAAAAGGUGAUACAAACUGAGCUACAGACGCUGAAGGAUGUAUGGAAUGACAUCAUCAGCACCUCAGUGAACUGGCAGAGCUGCCUAGAUUCUGUCAUUAGCCAGUGGAAUGAAUUUCUGGAAAGGAAAAACCAGCUGGAGCAGUGGUUAGAGAAAAUGGAUCACAAAGUGGAACAGCCUUUAGAACCACAGAUUGGUCUGAAGGAGAAGUUUGCUCAGCUGGACCACUUCCAGGCUAUUUUUUCUGAGAUAGAGAAUCACACUAGUGAUUUACAGCAACUCGUCAAAAAGGCUGUGGAACUGUAUGAAAAAACAGAGGAUGAGUCUUUUGGAGAAGCAACUCAAGAAGAACUAAAAACACAGUUUAAUGACAUCACAACUGUAGCCAAG